GUUGAUUGGCUUUCCUCAUUCACUCCCACUGAUCAUUGUCUAGAUCUUCAAAGGUUCAUAUAAGUCAACUCUUUUACUGGGGCCUGCCAUUCCAAACUACUCAGAAAAGACUGCACAGAACUGGAUAGAUAAUUAAGAACAGAGUGCCCUGAAAGGCAACAUAAAGUGGAAAAGCCUUAAGCUGACGCCACAGUAUAUUAUCUACACUGAAGGAACUGCGUGUGGACAAGAAAGUGCUGACAGCUCAAAUGGAUCCCCUGGAACUGAGAAAUGUCAGCAUCGAACCUGAGGAGGAGAGCAGCAGUGAAGAAAGUGCUCAAGAUAGCUACAAUGGAAUGGGAAACUCAGAAAAGGCAGCAAUGAGCAGCACAUUUGCUAAUGAAGAUGCUGAAAGUCAGAAAUUCCUGACAAAUGGAUUUUUGGGGAAAAAGAAGCUGGCAGAUUAUGAUGAUGAACAUCAUCCGGGAACCACCUCUUUUGGAAUGUCUUCGUUCAACCUGAGUAAUGCCAUCAUGGGAAGUGGGAUCUUGGGCUUGUCCUAUGCUAUGGCCAACACAGGAAUCAUACUUUUUAUAAUCAUGCUGCUUGCUGUGGCAAUAUUAUCUCUCUAUUCAGUUCACCUUCUAUUAAAGACAGCCAAGGAAGGAGGCUCUUUAAUUUAUGAAAAACUGGGGGAAAAGGCUUUCGGGUGGCCUGGAAAAAUGGGAGCUUUUGUCUCCAUCACAAUGCAGAACAUUGGAGCAAUGUCAAGCUACCUCUUUAUCAUUAAAUAUGAACUACCUGAAGUAAUCAGAACAUUCAUGGGACUUGAAGAAAAUACUGGAGAAUGGUACCUCAAUGGCAACUACCUCAUUAUAUUUGUGUCUGUUGGAAUUAUUCUUCCACUUUCUCUUCUUAAAAAUUUAGGUUACCUUGGUUAUACCAGUGGCUUUUCUCUUACCUGCAUGGUGUUUUUUGUCAGCAUGGUGAUUUACAAGAAAUUCCAAAUACCCUGCCCUCUGCCUAUUCUGGAUCACAGUGUUGGAAAUCUGACAUUUAACAAUACACUUCCAAUGCACGUGGUAACGUUACCCAACAACUCGGAGAGUACUGGUGUCAACUUCAUGAUGGAUUACACCCACCAGAAUCCUGCAGGACUGGAUGAGAAUCAGGCCAAGAGUCCUCUUCCUGACAGUGGAGUGGAAUAUGAAGUCCAUACUGAUGACAAGUGUCAACCAAAAUAUUUUGUUUUCAACUCCCGAACGGCCUAUGCAAUUCCUAUUCUAGCAUUUGCUUUUGUAUGCCACCCUGAGGUCCUUCCCAUCUACAGUGAACUCAAAGACCGGUCCCGGAGGAAGAUGCAAACAGUGUCCAAUAUCUCCAUCACUGGGAUGCUCAUCAUGUACCUGCUUGCUGCCCUUUUUGGCUACCUAACCUUCUAUGGAGAAGUUGAAGAUGAACUACUUCAUGCUUACAUCAAAGUAUACACAUUUGACACCCCUCUCCUUAUGGUGCGCCUGGCAGUCCUUGUGGCAGUUAUGCUAACUGUGCCCAUUGUCCUGUUCCCAAUUCGUACAUCAGUGACCACACUAUUAUUUCCAAAAAGACCCUUUAGCUGGAUAAGACAUUUCCUGAUUGCAGCCAUAAUUAUUGCACUUAACAAUGUUCUGGUCAUCCUUGUGCCAACUAUAAAAUACAUAUUUGGAUUCAUAGGGGCUUCUUCUGCCACUAUGCUGAUUUUCAUUCUUCCAGCAGUUUUUUAUCUUAGGCUUGUCAAGAAAGAACCUCUUAGGUCACCCCAAAAGAUCGGAGCUUUAAUUUUCCUUGUGAUUGGAAUCAUCUUCAUGAUUGGAAGCAUGGCACUUAUUAUAAUUGACUGGAUUUACAAUCCUCCAAAUUCCAAGCAUCAUUAACCAAAAGGAAAAUACUUUCUUUUUUUAAUUGGAAAUGGUUGCAAGUUAUGCUCCAAAAGACAUUUGUUAUCUUGAUUGGAAUGUUAUUCAUAGGAAAUAACAGGAAGAUUCCAAAGACAUUUACUAGUAAUAUCACCAGGCACCUGCAAAGACAGAACCAUCGAUUUUUUAAUCAAAACUGGAUGUUUAUGUGUUAAAAAUCUGUGGUGCACGUUUCUACCCAGGUUUUACUAAAGCAGUGUAAAUGAUCAAGGUAUAUUUUUGCUGCUGAAAAAGCAGAAUAUAAGGGUAGCUGCAUGUAAUGGUCAUCAGACAAUUUCUCCCACCCCACCCCCGAAAAAGUACCAAAUAGUUGUGUUCUCAGAACAUCAAACAAAAAUGCCCUGGUGACAAAGCUGUUACCAGUUAAUGCCUUCCCUCAACCUUGCACCAAAUAUUCUGGGUCUGUUUAAUAACAGAAGCAAAAGGCAUGCCUUAUGAACUGUCCCUGUAAGGUACAUGAAUGAUUAGACACUAGUCUAGAGCAUCUUACUGUCAAAAGUAAAGGAAUAUUUUUUCCAUCCUGUCUUUCACAUUGAAUUAGUGAUUUCUUUAUUCUACGAAUUUUUUUUAUAAAGAAUAAAGCAUUUUAAUAAUUAGAGAGAGGGGUUUAAUUUAAAUUACACAGCAACAACAAAAAUUGCUAAUAGCAAGAUUGCCUAUUCUGGAAGUAUCUGCCAUUAUAAUGUUAUUUAUGUUCCUCUUGUCAUGCUUUCGUCAUUGAACAAUGCUCUCCCUCUCGUCUUCCAUUCUCAUUCAGAAUUUUUAGAAGACCACGAUUCAUGUGGAAACACACUACCCAGUAUUGUUUGAUAUAUUUUUAUUUGAUAAACAUUCAGUGCAGGAAACUGUGAUUUGCUAUAUGUAUAUGUAUAUAAUCUUAUGUAGCCAUCAGAAUUUUAAUGUAUGGUACAUUUGAUUUUUAUUUUUUACAUGUGUAGUUUUAUCUCCUCACAUUCAAAACAUUUGUAUUAUUGGGGGUAGGGACAGGGAAUUUAAGUUGGUGGGCUCAAAAAAUCCAUUUGUAUGUAUCUGUCUACAAAGAAUAUUUUAAAUUUUAGGCCUGAGUUAUAUAUACUUCAGUAAUGUUCUUCAAAUGUUUACUAUAAUAUAAUCAUCUAUAACUUAUUUGCAAUAAGUUCCUUAUAUGCAAUAAGUUCCUUAUUUGCAAUAAGUUCCUUAUAUGCAAUAAGUUCCUUAUUUGCAAAUAAUUAUCAAUAUGAAGGUUAUAUUUUUCAUUUAGCAUAUCUAAAAUAGGAUUUAAUUCAUUUUAGUUUGCAUGGGUAUUGGUUGGCAUUCAUUUGCCAUUUAAUACGAUGUUGAAGAGUUCUCCACAAAAAUAAAAGUGUUAACAGUACUACAAAGAAAUGCAAAUUAUCAUUUUUGCUCACUUCUAUAACAUACUUAUAUAAAAGGGAUUUAAAAAUUACUACUCAAUGCAUAGAAGUUCUGGAGUUUGCUAUUUUUUUUUUCCAAAGCAGUAGCAAGAAGAUUUGUUGUGUAUUUUAUAUUUUAGUAAAGCCAAGUAUGAUAAUGUGUUCUUGCUAAAUUAUAUUUUAAUACUUUUUCUGAAAUGUGCCUAAGAAAAUAUUCAUUUGUUUCCUGUUAUUUUCAAGAGGCAUAAUAUAAUAAAAUGGUGCACUUUGUUAUGGAAAUUGCGCAUUGCUAGAAACUAUCAUAACUUUUGAGUUACUGUUAUUGGAAAAAAAUGGUGAAUGGCAUCUUUAAAAUAUAUUUCUAUUUCCUUUCAUCUAAAGAGUGUAUGAAAAUAGAGAGCAGAAAAAGGUAACUUCUGAGUGUGAAAAAAAAUGUUUAAUCUGAACAUACAUAAAAGUAUAUAUCAAAGAUUAAUUAAAAAAUUGGAAAACUGUAAAAUCUGUAUAUAUUUUGAAUGCUUUACCAUUUGAAAUGUCUAAAUUGAAAAUAGCAAGAUUUAUAAUUAUAUAAAUAUUCAAGAGCAAUAUACUACAGUGCCAAAUAAUAAAGUACCACUUUUCUUGUGGCCAUUUUCAGGAUUGGAGUCUACAUAUAAUGCAGGGCAGACAUACAUAUGGUAUGACGUACUGGUUAAUUUAACCCCAUUUGUAAACAGAUGAAAAUUAUAUUUUCUUAUUUCAUUUAUAAGAUGGUUCAGUGUAUUGGAAGGCUUUUUUAUUACAGAGUAUAUAUUGGUAUAUAAUAAAUGAACUUUUCAAGUGAU